AUGGCCCCGCCCCGCAUGUUUUGGUCGUCAGUGAGUGACCAUCAUACUGUAGCAGUGGACUGUAACUUCCACAACGAAGGUCUGCAGAUGGAGGUGGACUGGCAGCCUGAAGAUGGUAUUGUUCCCUCUUGUGAAGAAGAGUGCGUAGAUCUCGGAGGGGUCAAGGACAUGAGAUUAGAGGCAGAAGCCAUCGUCAGUGAUGUUCUUUUUGCUGUGGCACAAAUGCACGUUUCACACGGCCUCAACUGUGCUUUAGAUGUGGCCUAUAUCAAUGUCGAAACAAGGGAGAGGAACCACUACUGCCUGGAACUGACAGAAGCAGGACUGCGGGUAGUGGGCCAUGCCUUUGAUCAAGUCGAUGAGGACCUGAGCACUCAAUAUCAUGAGACUGUUUACUCACUUUUGGAUUCACUGAGUCCAGGAUACAGAGAAGCUUUCGCCAAUGCCUUGCUUCAACGUCUGGAGAGAUUAACACAAAAUGGACACUGA